UUCUUCUUUUCCUGUCUCGCAGCAGCAAGUCCGCCGGGAAGGAAGACACGAAAUGGUGUCGUUGAAGCUGCAGAAGCGGCUCGCCGCUAGCGUUCUGAAAUGUGGGAGGGGCAAGGUUUGGCUCGAUCCCAAUGAGGUCAACGAAAUCUCCAUGGCCAACUCCAGGCAGAAUAUCAGGAAGUUGGUGAAAGAUGGUUUUGUCAUUAGGAAACCAACCAAGAUCCAUUCUCGAUCUCGUGCUCGCCGUAUGAAGGAGGCCAAGAGAAAGGGUCGCCAUUCUGGAUAUGGUAAACGAAAAGGUACAAGAGAGGCAAGACUACCAACAAAGGUGCUCUGGAUGAGAAGGAUGCGAGUGCUGAGGCGUUUGCUCCGUAAAUACAGGGAAUCCAAGAAGAUUGACAAGCACAUGUACCAUGACAUGUACAUGAAAGUGAAGGGUAACGUCUUCAAGAACAAGCGUGUCCUGAUGGAAAGCAUCCACAAGUCUAAAGCUGAGAAGGCAAGGGAGAAGACUUUAUCUGACCAAUUUGAGGCAAAGCGGGCCAAGAACAAGGCAACCAGGGAAAGAAAAAUUGCUAGGAGGGAGGAGCGUUUGGCUCAGGGACCAACUGAACGAGCCCCACCGGCAGCUGCUCCUGCAUCUCAAACAUCCGAGGGAACUAAGAAAGCGAAGAAGUGAGGCAGCAGGGAAUGGCUAAACGGUUUAAUGAUACUGUGCUAUCUGGAAGUUUUUUUUAUAUUUUUAUUUUUUAUUAUGUAGUAGAGAAGUUUUGGAUAGCGCUACAAUUUCUGUUUUUUGGUCCUUGUUCGGGUUUUAUUUGUAUUCCAGAGCUUUUUCUUUCAUGUUCAAGAUAUUCGAGAGAUUUAAACAUGAAAAUCUUAGGACUUUGUUUUAGUUUCUCAUUUUUAUAAUAGGUGACUCCGUCUGUUUUUCUCCCCAUUUGUUAAUGCAAUGAACAUAUAAAGCAUGUGCUUAAAUGUGCUAUUCAUCUUAAA